GAACAAAACCCUAACCCUAAUCCCAGCCGGCACCUAGAAGCAGCGAAGUAGAGAAGAGUCUCAGGACCUUUCGUAACCCAAAAUCAAAAGCAAAGAUGGGUCGCGUUCGCACGAAGACGGUGAAGAAGUCAUCUCGUCAGGUGAUCGAGAAGUACUACUCUCGCAUGACUCUUGAUUUCCACACCAACAAGAAGAUCCUCGAGGAAGUCGCAAUCAUCCCAUCGAAGAGGCUCCGUAACAAGAUCGCCGGGUUCUCAACUCAUCUCAUGAAGAGGAUCCAGAAAGGACCUGUCCGCGGAAUCUCCCUCAAGCUUCAGGAGGAAGAGCGUGAGCGCCGUAUGGACUUCGUCCCCGAUGAAUCCGCCAUUAAAACCGAUCACAUCGAGGUCGACAAGGAGACCCUGGACAUGCUUGCUUCCUUGGGAAUGUCUGAUAUGCCUGGUGUUGUUAAGGUCGAUCCAAUCUCUGCUGCUCCUGUUGCUGCAUUUGGAUUGGGCCGUGGAAGGAGGUACUAGAGAGUGCCGUUGAAUCAAUCAAUCAGUCACCAUCUUUUUGAUGUGUGGUUUCUUAGCGUCUUUUUUUUAAUCUGCAAAUUUUUGUUUUUUUUGGUUGAAUCGGUUUAUGUUAAACUUCUAUGCUCUACAUUGAUUUGCUAUUGCCAGAUUUCAUAUAUUG